AUGCACACAGUGGAGAAAGUACUUCUGAGAAAUAAUGAAAUUAUUCUUCACGGGAGAGAUUACAUAGCCCAUGAAGUGUUGCCACAGAAACCUAAACCAUCUGAAAAGCAUGUCAAGAGACAUGAGAAUACAGAUUUGACCUCCACUUACCUCCUCCUACACCAUGUCUCAAGUAUCUUCAUGUCUCUCCUGGAGGAUGAGGAGACAUACCCCAGGACCAAGAUGGAUAUUUGUCCCAAUGUACACAGACAAUAUUUUCUUGGAAGUGAAAAUGAUGAAAGAAGUUGGGGAAUAAAAGAUGACUGUGUGUUACAGAAUGAACAGACAGAGCAGACCAGACCAAACAAUAGGUUUGCUCCAUCAAAAGAGAAAUUUUACCACAGAACCAUUGUCCAGAAUGACAGUUUCUACAGGGGACUUGUUGCCACUCAAAGCUGUAAAUCUCUGAAUCCGGGUCAGAAAAACAAGGCUCCCUUUGAGUACAUAACCAAUUACAGGAUGAAUUAUGUGCCACCUCCUCUGGUGAAACAUUAUGUCCAUAAAAUUCAGAUAUACAAGGUCAAUUAUGUUUCAUUUGAUGGCCUCACUACACACAAAUUUUCCUACCAGGGGUGGGCUGGUCAGCCAACUAAGCUUCCAAAACUACCAGAUAAAACCAACCCCUGUCUUCCUUUCUCCACUACAGCUUAAUUUCAGGAAAAACACAAAGUUUGACUACAGCCUCCUGUAUUCACCAGAAAACCUGAUAAUUAUCUUCUUCCUCUGGAGAAAAUGGACAUUCACACCAUUACUUGGCCACAUUGGAAGCACCUAAAUGAAAAGCCAGCCAAAAUGUGUCGAUCUUUGGCCCAGCUUAAUAAAGACUAUAAGCCUUGGCUAUGAAAUGGACUAAAACCCAUCACUGAUGCUCCAGACUUUCCCAGCAAAACCAAUAGAUUUCUUGGGUACAUUUUGGACCAUCACAGACCUCAUUCUCUCACAGUUAUGUAAACCUACAAGCCUGUCUGGUCAGGCCCAAAGCAUCAAAGUCUCCCAGAUGCUAAAACAACCUACACUGCCAGUUACACACCAAAGGGCUUUGCUAGAUGCCUGGCCCCUUACAAAGACCCACCCAGUUACAUCUUUGAGAAAACUGAUGCUGACAGCUUGAUUUUGUUUGGUAAACAAACUUCUUAUAAACCAGUUGCUGUUUUCAUAUUUGGAGAACUCUUAAAAUAA